AUGAAGAGCCCGGCGCACCGCACCAGGGACAUCGAGAGGCAAGCUGGCUACCUGAGGCCCGAGCACUGCGCCCCCCCCCCGCUGCGCUACGGCUCCGACACCAUGUGGUUCAUCCACGACGGCUGCGGCAUCGUGUGCGGCGUCAUCACCUGGUUCCUGGUCUUUUACGCCGAGUUUGUGGUGGUGUUCGUCGUGUUGCUGCCUGCCAAGAGCGUGAUCUACAGCCUCUUCAACGGGCUGAUCUUCAACGCCCUCGGGGUCCUCGCCCUCGCCUCUCAUGCUAAGGCCAUGUGCACAGACCCGGGAGCCGUGCCUAAAGGGAACGCUACCAAAGAGUUCAUCGAAAGCCUGCAGCUCAAACCCGGACAGGUGGUCUACAAGUGUCCCAAGUGCUGCAGCAUAAAGCCUGACCGAGCUCACCACUGCAGUGUGUGUAAACGCUGCAUCAAAAAGAUGGACCACCACUGUCCCUGGGUGAAUAACUGUGUCGGAGAGAGCAAUCAGAAAUACUUUGUGCUCUUCACAAUGUAUAUUUCACUCAUAUCUUUCCAUGCCCUGAUCUUGGUGGCCUUCCAUUUUGUUUUCUGCUUUGAAGAAGACUGGACAAAGUGCAGUAACUUCUCUCCACCGGCUACCGUCAUCCUCCUCAUCCUCCUCUGCUUUGAGGCUCUCCUCUUCCUGAUCUUCACUGCAGUCAUGUUUGGGACCCAGGUCCACUCCAUCUGCUCCGAUGAGACGGGUAUCGAACAGCUUAAGAAGGAGGAGAGACGAUGGGCCAAAAGGUCCAAAUGGAUGAAUUUGAAGGUGGUGUUUGGCCAUCCGUUCUCUAUAGCCUGGCUGAGCCCCUUUGCAACACCCGACCACGGCAAGGCAAACUUGUACCAGUACAUUGUGUGAAAACUGAAGCCUGGCUGAGCUCUGCUGCUGUGGACUUCCCCGAUAUCCCUUCCUAUUGGCUGGACCUCAACGAGCAUGAACUCCUCUUUACCACUUCUACAUUUUCUUUCAUUUAUGGAUAUUUUGUUGAUCAAUAUUAUCAGGGUGUUCUGUUGUGAGUUCCGUUGUCAAACAUCUUUUGGUUUUUAAAACAUUCACCCUCUUUUUAUUUUUGUUUGGCUGGUGCUGACUGAGAGUUGUUGCAACAACUUGACAAGAAGCACUUAAACCACAGCCAGAGGCGGAGUUCUUCCUGCAGUAUGUCUGAUCAUUUCCUGCUUCCAAAACUAGACAAUAAUGUGAACUCGAAACCGAAGUCCAGAAAGUUUCACUGUCCGUGUGACAAAAUGGACUCCGGAGUUUGUCUUCCUGUAAACAUUGUAAUCCUGUCUCUUCUUUAUAUGCUGUAUUCCUGUUGUUGCAAUAGUCUUUUGCUAAAUGCUGCGGGUAAUUUGCCUUAGAACAGUGCAUUAGUGAACGUUGGCCUCUGCUUUUUUGUUUAAAGAAAUGUUUAUUAUUUUUGCCUUAUCAAGACAUUCAGGGUGAGACAGGAUCUUAUUAGUUACAUAUUUUAUUAAAUGAGAUUGUCUUGUUGUUCUUUGAUGCCAGAUAGGUGGAUAAAUCCAGGUAUUUUAGGAACUGUAACUUGACACUACAUUUGAUCAAAUUUAUGUUUUGAUUUACAUACUUUUAGUCUGCACUUUAUCCCGCCUUUCUGGCUUAUCAUAUACAAACAGGUUAGGUAUGUGUUUUUUGUUUUUUGUUGUUUGGACGGGCCAUUAGCUAAUUUCCAGCCAAAACCGGAGCUGUGAAGGACAUCCAAAGGCUGUAGGACAGUUCACUGCCUUAGUUAAAGUUAUACUCUGGUUGAUAUGGCAACAGUCAAUGGUUUCCAUAGCACAAUUUAUAAUACUACAGUGAACCCUCGCUGAGCAGCUAUUUUGUCAGAAAUACGACCAAAACAAGCAGCAGUAGCUACCAAACAAAAUGAACAAUCAGCACCAUAAUCAGCUGUGCUCUGAUUUUAUGUUUGGACCUCAAGCGAAUUAAGAUAAACAGUGUGUGGGGCUUGUCCUUCAGGAGGAGUGGAUGAGAAGAUGAGAGCAGGCAACAUGAUAACAUAAUUAAAGUUUAACUAGGAACCAUCUGGUGAUUCAGAUCACAGCAGCCACACUGCCAAAUCGGAUCAGGGGCGUAAAGUAGGGCUAACUUUGGCCCCUUCAGCGUUUCCUGCACCCCUACUUAAGCCUUCCUCAGACUACUCCUGAGUUUUAAUCUGCAGCAAUAUAUUUUUUCCUCCUUGAAUUUUUUAUCGAAACACACUGUGACUAUUAAUGAAAUAAGAUUAAAGGCUUUGAGUCGCUUAUUGGUCAUUUCAAUUUGUGGCAAGAAAGGCAGACUUGCCUCUGACAAAGAAAAACACUAUACGGAGAGGUAAUAACUGAAUUAAUUUACAUCAAAUGGUUACUUGGUAUAAAUCUUGAGCUGAAAUUCAUAGAAAUCCUAUGAAUUAUAAUUUUUAAAUCACUUGGAAGGUAAGCAGUUGUGUCUAGUCCAAGAAGCGCUGCAGCUUUUAAAUGUCGAUCGUAUUUAUAAUCCAGUAGUUUGUUUUGACCAGUGUCUUUUUGAUUAUUUGACAACUCUUAUGUAGCGAAUCUAGUCGACCUCUUGGCUUCGUACCAGUUUAAAUCGGUCACCAGCAAUUGAUGGAAUUUGCUUUUCGAUAAUCCAGUUUGUCAUAGAUUGUAGUUGUGAGGCUGACUAGAGGGGAAAAGCCUGCAGGAUAAAAUGUUGGUUUGAAUUUAGGCCAGUGUAAAAUGUUCACCGAGGCCUGAAAGAUCAUAUUAGGAAUGCACGUUUUAACAGCACUGGAGCAUCCAGUGUGAGGAGGAUGUUUCACUUUUGUUGGGAAUAAUUUGGUGCAGAUAGGAAAUAGUUCACUUCAAAGCAUUUAACACUAAAAAUGCCUUUGCUGAAAUGUGUUCGAAAGCCUUACUGUAUUUAAAACAAGUGUUUUAAGGGUGAUGAAAGGACACAUUUGAACAUACAUGUUGCCAAAUUGAAUGCUUAUUGAAGUAACCAUUUCAAGAUCGAGAUAUUCUCACGAUUUAAAAAAACAAACAGGUUUUAUGAAAUGCAAACAUUUGAUCAUAUGGAGAUGCUAUGGUUGCUGUCUAGUUUACACAUACUGUACACCAGCUUUCUUCUAGAAUUGUUUAAUAUGUCCUUUGUGGUCAGGUAUGAAUAGCCUUUUUUAGUACUUACUGUGGACCACAUUUUAUUUUUGACUGGUAUUUGUUUAAAGGGGAAUGAAAUAAAAUGGUAUGUGACACAACUUUC